GUACGAUCAUGUGACUUCAGUCGACGAAAAUGAAAGCUGGGUGCAGCCAGCUGGAACCUGUGGUGGUUAUAUUGAUCUUUAAUUUAUGUUUUUACUCGAGUUAUCAGGUGACUGAGCUGCAGGUAUGUAAGCUCUGCGGCGGGCAGGUCCUAAAUGGCACCGCGUUGGGCCAGUUUUGCUCCGCAUCCGCUGGACGGAUAGACGGGCGCUGCUGCCUGAGAGACGACAACACAACCGACCCUGAACACAUCAUCGGGUUGGAUCUAUCCAACUGUUCACUGACUCACAUAGAGGAUCUUCAUGAGGCAUCAACAGCGUUCAUGAUAGACCUCUCACUUAAUCCCAUUGUCAACAUCAGUGACACAGCAUUUCAGGGAUUUACUGACUUAAAUUACAUGAUUUUGCCAGGAGACAUAGUUUGUCCAGGAGGCAACACAUCUUGGUCAAAGGUGGAGGUCAGAGAGGGAAAUCGUAUUUGUGAAGGCCAGAGAAGCAUGUGCAAUCAGACUGGACAGCUGUCCAUGAACUGCCCGGAGAACUCCCUUUGCGCCCCCUAUGGUCCCGGCUUCUUUGAGUGCAGCUGUGCUGACAACUAUCAUGGAUACAAGUGUCUUCGAGAGGGGGAGUUCCCUGUUCUCAUGGUGUUUGGGCCUCUUGGGGCAUCUACAGUCGUGAUCUCUUUUCUGCUGUGGGUCACCCAGAGACGUAAGGCCAAGUCACUCUGAGGCUGCGCUGCAGUAUCUUCACCUGCAGUGAUCUACUGAGCUGAAACUGACUGUUCUGAAUGGAAAAUGCUGAUACAAUGCCUGAGGUGACCCCCAGGCUUCUUUUAGACGUUUUAUUUUAUUUUAUUUAUGUUACACCUUUCUGGGGCAGCUGUGUUUUACUUAGGGGACUUUCUAAGUCUGACAUUAUACUUUUAUUACCACUGCAUCAUUAGUGCAAUUUUAGAGAAAGGAUUUUCCCCAUGUUUUAAAUUAAUUAUUUUUCAUUUGUCAUUGCCACUAUUAAAACUUUAAGUAAAUGUCGCUGACUGACAAAAUAUUAAGUUACAUUCUGAACCUUUGCUCCCUGCUAACUGUGCCAAACAUGUACUGACAGACUGAGUUCACAUAGUGGAACUUGUUACAUAUCUUUUAAGCACAUUUGAAGGGAAUUGUAAAUUUUGGCAAACUGUUUACUGCAUGUUGAAUAUGUACUUCACUCAGAGGAAAAUAAAAAAUAAAAAGCUAGGUUCACUACAUGAAUCAUCAUGGUGACCAUCAAAAUUUCAAGCUUAGUUGAGCUUUCGAGUUUUUCUGUAUUAGAAUGAAACGAGACUCAGGAUGUCGCGCACCUUUUAUUGAGUUAUACUGCGGUAUUUUGCUAAACGCAGUGAGCUUGUCUUCAUGCCCUUUGUUCAUAAGUCACAUGUAACUUUGAAAAUGUCUUGAUGCUGACGGGUGA